AUGGCCAUCCUACCACGAAGUUGGGCGAUAAUCAUCGCCAAUGUAUUAACCCCCUUAGCUGUCUUAGUGUUCUCGUCUGGAUUUUUCCCUUAUAAGCCAUUGAUACCAGGACUUGCAAAAUUCGAGGAUGGCGGCAACUACAUGGCAACCCCAAAGGUUUUUGACAAAGUCAUUUUCAUGGUUGUCGACGCUUUAAGGAGCAAGAGUAAAACUCAAACAAGGAGCUAUCUAUCUAACCUUUGUUCCCAUAGCCUGAUUCGAUCAGGAGCUGCACUGCCAUUCACUGCUUAUGCUAGUUCGCCAACUGUCACAAUGCCUCGACUCAAGGCAAUAACGACUGGCUCAAUACCAUCUUUUCUGGACGUAAUUUUGAAUAUUGCAGAGUCCGAUACUUCGUCGACUCUAGCAUAUCAAGAUACCUGGUUAGCACAGUUGAAGGCAAACGGAGGCCAGCUUGUCAUGUAUGGGGAUGAUACUUGGCUCAAACUAUUCCCUGGGAUGUUCGAAAGAGCAGAUGGUACCACAAGUUUCUUUGUGUCGGACUUCAUCGAAGUGGACAACAACGUAACUCGUCACGUCUCUACUGAGCUUCUACGUGACGACUGGUCAGCAUUCAUCAUGCAUUACCUUGGACUAGAUCACAUUGGGCACAAAGCAGGCCCUCAGAGCCCUUACAUGACAACAAAGCAACAGGAGAUGGACUCUGUUGUCGCUAAUAUAUAUAUGAGCAUGGAGCAGCAACAACAUUUGCAGUCCACUCUUUUUGUCUUAUGUGGUGACCAUGGGAUGAACGAUGCCGGGAAUCAUGGCGGCUCAUCCGUGGGUGAGACAUCGCCCGCAUUGCUCUUUAUUUCUCCUAAGUUUCAGACCUUGGAUAUCCUCAGACAGUCUCCGACAGACUCGCAUAGUGACUUCCAGUAUUACCGAACCGUUGAGCAAACAGAUAUAACUCCGACUUUGGCAGGACUCUUAGGCUUACCGAUACCUUUGAAUAGUCUGGGAGUCUUUAUCCCAGAACUCCUUGAUUUGUGGGAAAUAAGAUCGCAAAGGACUGAAGUGUUGCUCUCGAAUUCCCGACAGAUAUUGAGAAAGAUGAAAGAGACGUUUCCUAGCCACAGUUUCGAUAUCAAUUCGAUGAACAUCGCUUGCGACACCGGGCCUUUAGCCGACGUCGAUCGGGCGCUCUGCGCAUGGUUUCGGGUCGAUCGCUUGCUUCAACACUCCAGCGGAACCGACAAGGAUGGUUUUCAUGACGAGCUUGAGUCGACAUUAUUUGAGUUCUUGAAGCAUGCACAGAAGGUAAUUAGUAGCGCAGCUAGUGACUACGAUCUCAGAAAUCUUUUUCUGGGCUUAGCCAUCACUUUUUUCGUUGUCCUGCUUCCUCUCCCUACGACUUACACUCUGCUCUCUAAGUCUGGGCCUGCGGGGGCAUUCUUUACACUGUGUCUUCUAAGCUAUGGUGGCAUGAUGUUCGCUAGUAGCUAUGUGGAGGAAGAGCAACAAUUUUGGAAUUGGACGUUUACUGCGUGGGUAUUCUACCUACAUGUAAGAUCAUCCAUUCUUCCGCGUUGUUCCGUGCCCUCACAGGAGAGGAGUACAGGAUUCUAUCGCUUAUAUGAGUUGCUGUAUUCCAAGUAUGUUGUCCCGAGUACCGUCUUCCAUGACGUUCUCACCCUUUUUUUGGUAACUCAAUCAAAGGCGACGAACAUUCCGGCAUUCCUGAUACUCGGGGCCCAUGUCACUAUACUUGCUACGAUGAAUCUUCACGCCCUCGAGCUAGCUAUUACAUCUGUGAUCGCGCAGUAUAUGACCUUCUUCGCAUUUGGCGGUUCAAACUCCAUAGCCACCGUUGACUUGUCCAAUGCAUAUAAUGGCAUUGGCACCUACAAUGUCGUCUUGGUGGGUAUCUUAACAUUUAUAAGUAACUGGGCAGGGCCAAUAUGGUGGGUAUCGGCUGCUCAGGUUCUCAGGCUAAACCAGGCUAGGCAUGAAAGAGAGGGUCACAUGGCUGUUCUCACUUUCCACAUGGCAGCCACGUUGAUGUCUGUCAUGGCGGCAUGCACGAUCUUGAGGUCGCAUCUCUUUAUCUGGACGGUCUUCUCCCCCAAGUACCUCUAUGCAAUGGCGUGGGCUAUCCUCAACCAUUUGGCCGUUAACUUGUUUGUGGCUAGCGUUCAAGUCAUGUCAGCGAGACCCGCUUUCUGCUCCUAUAGAAGGCUAUCGAAUAGAUCAUCGAUAGCAUCCUUUUUCCGCUUCUUCUUUCGCAUGCUUUUCUCUUUCGAGCCUACGGUGCCUUUCGGGGCCUUUAGAGAUCUCUCAUCGCGAGCUCGACCUUUUGCCAAACGGGCAAGAGUGGCUAUCAAGACUGUUCCCAGAGUAGAGAACUGUCCAUCGGCAACAACUGCGGAGAAUGCUCUGGAUAUCAAAUCAGCAAUUGUGCUUGGCGGCGUCGGAUGA